CCACAGACCCAGCGCCUGACCUCUGGGGUGGGCUCCUGGGGCCAGCACCCCAUCCAGGCAGAAGGUCCUCGAGGCGGCCUGUCCACUGCUGGCUUCCCUCUGGCAGGAUGCUGCAGCCAGAGGGCCCCCAGGCCUCGGAGGAGGGGGGCCCCCGGAGGAGAGACUGCAUCAUCUGCUGCUCGGGCUGUGAUCUCUCCGGGCACCUGCCCCGCCGCCUCUACUGCGGACGCACCUUCUGCCAGGCGUGUGUGCGGCGGCUGGACGCACGGGGACCCGAGCAGUGCUGGAUCGCCUGUCCGCAGUGCCGCCAGGGCACGCCCACGCCUCGUGGAGGGGUGGCUCUGCUAGACCUGGACCUGGCUGCUUUCCUGGCAGUCAAGGCUGAGCGGGAGCCAGCAAGACUGGAACCCCUGCCCCUCACCUCCCUCAAAGGCAGUGCCAUCACUCAGCAGCCAGCUGGGCUGUGCCCUGCCCUGGGCCCCCAGCCCCACUUCCCCCGGCCCAGAUACUGCUGCUGGGGCUGUGGCAGCCUCUGCUGCCCACCCCUAGGCAGCCCCGAGGUCUGAACUCUGGC